GAAACUCUGUGAAACUAACAAAAACUCUCUGAACUUGUUCGCAGCCGUAUUCUAUCGCACCAUGCAAGAAAGUAGCAUACCACAUUUCAAAAGGAUGUACCUUACAAUCAUCCAUGUAAAAUUCGAUGAUCAUCUUCAACUCUCACAAAUAGUCCAUCAUCUUCAACCUUUUCCCGUAAUCUAACCUCUGAUUAUAGAGAGAGAAAGAGGGAGCAAGCGAAAUGCUGCGGUUACGGGCAUUUCGGCCGACGAAUGAGAAGAUUGUCAAAAUUCAAGUUCAUCCAACUCAUCCAUGGCUAGUCACCUCUGAUGCCUCUGAUCAUGUCUCCGUUUGGAAUUGGGAACAUCGCCAGGUUAUUUAUGAGCUAAAAGCUGGUGGAGUUGAUGAAAGGCGUCUUGUUGGUGCCAAGUUGGAGAAGCUUGCUGAGGGCGAAUCUGAGUCUAGAGGGAAGCCUACUGAAGCCAUACGAGGAGGGAGUGUUAAGCAAGUCAACUUUUAUGAUGAUGAUGUACGGUUUUGGCAACUUUGGCGUAAUCGAGCAGCUGCCGCUGAGGCUCCAUCAGCAGUUAGUAAUGUCACUUCCCUUUUAAGUCCUCUUGCACCAGCAACAAAAGGAAGACAUUUUCUGGUCAUCUGUUGUGAGAAUAAAGCUAUAUUUUUGGACUUGGUAACAAUGCGUGGUCGUGAUGUUCCCAAGCAUGAACUUGAUAAUAGAUCUCUAAUGUGUAUGGAGUUCCUGUAUAGAUCCACUGCAGGUGAAGGUCCACUAGUUGCUUUUGGUGGAUCAGAUGGUGUAAUAAGAGUUCUUUCGAUGAUAACUUGGAAGCUUGCUCGAAGGUACACUGGAGGCCACAAAGGAGCUAUAAAUUGUUUGAUGACCUUCAUGGCUUCUUCAGGCGAGGCAUUGCUGGUCUCAGGUGGAAGUGAUGGUUUACUAAUACUUUGGAGUGCUGAUCAUGGUCAUGAUUCACGAGAGCUUGUACCUAAACUUAGUCUAAAGGCACAUGAUGGUGGGGUUGUGGCUGUAGAAUUAUCAAGAAUUUCUGGUGGUGCACCCCAUCUUAUCACCAUUGGUGCUGAUAAAACACUGGCUAUAUGGGAUACAAUCUCAUUCAAGGAGAUGCGGCGUAUAAAGCCAGUUCCUAAGAUGUCUUGCCAUAGUGUGGCAUCCUGGUCCCAUCCUCGCGCUCCGAACCUCGACAUAUUAACCUGUGUGAAGGAUUCACAUAUAUGGGCCAUUGAACAUCCAACUUAUUCAGUCCCAAGGCCGUUAUGCGAACUUUCCUCCCUUUUACCUCCACAAGCUCUUGCACCUAGCAAAAAGCUCCGGGUUUACUGUAUGGUUGCACAUCCUUUACAGCCGCAUUUGGUUGCUACAGGAACAAAUAUUGGUGUAAUUAUCAGCGAGUUUGAUUUUCGAGCACUUCCACCUGUGGUUGCUCUACCAUCAACUCUUGGAAGUCGAGAGCAUUCUUCUGUAUAUGUAGUUGAAAGAGAACUCAAAUUAUUGACCUUUCAGUUGUCUAAUACAGCAAACUCAUCUUUGGGUAGCAACGGCCCGUUGACCGAAUCAGCUAGGUCUAAGGUGGACUCAGAAGCAUUGCAGGUCAAACAGAUAAAAAAGCACAUUAGUACACCUGUUCCACAUGAUUCAUAUUCAGUUCUUUCUCUAAGCAGUUCAGGAAAGUAUCUUGCUGUGGUGUGGCCCGAUAUCCCAUACUUUUCUAUAUACAAGGUCAGCGACUGGUCCAUUGUUGAUUCAGGCAGCGCAAGACUCUUGGCAUGGGAUACCUGUCGUGAUAGAUUUGCAAUAUUAGAAUCUGCUGUGGUUCCACGAGUACCCAUAAUUCCAAAGGGGGGUUCAUCUAGAAAAGCCAAGGAAGCAGCAGCAGCAGCUGCGGCUGCUGCAGCUAGUGCGGCUUCUUCUGCCUCUGUUCAAGUUCGUAUUGUACUGGAUGAUGGGACAUCUAACAUAUUGAUGAGAUCGAUUGGUGAAAGGAGUGAACCGGUUAUCGGUUUGCAUGGUGGUUCACUCCUUGGCGUUGCGUAUCGAACUUCUCGCCGUGUUAGUGCUGUUGCAGCUACUGCAAUUUCAACAAUUCAGUCAAUGCCGUUGUCGGGAUUUGGCUCGGGUGCAUCAUCAUUUAACACAUUUGAUGGCGGUGUCGGUUCUGGUCUUUUAUCUACCCAAAAUUUUCAGCUAUAUAGCUGGGAAACUUUUCAACCUGUAGGCAGUCUUCUCCCACAGCCAGAGUGGACAGCUUGGGACCAAACUGCUGAGUAUUGUGCGUUUGCCUAUCAGAAAUAUAUUGUGAUAUCUUCCUUGCGUCCUCAGUAUAGAUACUUGGGAGAUGUUGCAAUUCCUUAUGCAACUAGCGCUGUUUGGCAUCGUAGACAGCUAUUUGUUGCUACUCCAACUACUAUCGAGGUUGUUUUUGUGGAUGCUGGAGUUGCUCCAAUUGAUCUAGAGACAAAGAGGAUGAAGGAAGAACUGAGACUGAAAGAGGUACAAGCUAGAGCUGUUGCUGAACAUGGUGAAUUAGCUCUCAUUUCAGUUGAUGGUCCAAAAGCUGAUACAAAUGAAAGAAUAUCUCUUAGACCACCAAUAUUACAGGUCGUGAGAUUAGCUUCAUUUCUGCAUGUUCCUUCUGUGCCACCUUACUUAACAUUGCCAAAACUGUCGAAAAUUGAUGGGGAUGAUUCAGGGAUGCCGGAAGAUAGAAGAGCUAAUGACAUUGCUGUUGGUGGUGGCGGUGUUGCUGUUGCGGUAACUCGCUUUCUUACGGAGCAGAAACGACCAAUUGGUCCACUUGUGGUUGUGGGAGUUAGAGAUGGAGUACUCUGGCUGAUUGACAGGUAUAUGCGGUCCCAUGCCUUAUCUGUUAGUCAUCCUGGUAUUCGUUGCCGCUGUCUUGCUGCCUAUGGGGAUGUUGUCAGUGCAGUUAAAUGGGCUACUAGACUUGGCAGAGAGCAUCAUGAUGACUUGGCUGAAUUUAUGCUCGGAAUGGGUUAUGCUGCUGAAGCUCUUCAUUUGCCUGGAAUAUCUAAGAGGUUGGAGUUUGAUCUGGCCAUGCGAAAUGAUUUGAAAAGAGCUCUUCAGUGUCUUUUGACAAUGAGCAACAGCAGGGAUAUAGGGAAAGAAACUUCAGGGUUGGAUUUGACAAACCUGUUGAAUGUAGCUGCUAAGAAAGAAAAUAUUGUACAUGCAGUUCAAGGAAUAGCCAAAUUUGCAAAACAGUUCUUGGAUCUUAUUGAUGCUGCAGAUGCAACGGCACAAUCCGAGAUUGCCCGUGAAGCUCUUAAGCGGUUAGCUGCUGCUGGUUCUGUAAACGGAUCUUUGAAGAGUCAUGAAUUGAGGGGCUUGGCCUUGCGACUUGCAAACCAUGGGGAGCUAACACGCUUAAGUGUAUGUUCCUUUUGUUCUCUUUCACUUUGGUGUACAAGGAUACUGUUGUUCAAGCUAUUAGAGUAUCAGCCCUAAAUUGUUCUUUUGGAGCAU